ACGAAACAAAUAAUAAAUUUAUUAAUUCUUAGUAAUAAUUUCAGUGAUAUCAUAUCGACGAAUUAUUGUAUACGGUUUGGUCACUCGUUAUGGUCCGCGAAUCGGUUGCCAGCGCAAGGGUAAUAAUUUCUAUCCAGUGAUAUCGACGAAUUAUUGUAUACGGUUCGGUCACUCGUUAUGGUCCGCAAACCAGUUGCCAGCGCAAGGGGCUAAAGAAAAUGACAUUAUUUAUAUAAAUAUCCUUAACAUUCUGGAAUUUCAAUGA